AUUACAUAAUGUGUGUCCUAACAAGAAGAUUCCUCCGCCUAUGCUCGAGAAUCCGGCACCUCGUUUUUCGUCGACGUUAUAAGCCUAAACUCGUCGUGAAGAAGCUGAAAUACUAUUCCAAGAUUCACCUCAGAAGAAAACCGAAAAAAAUCGACGGUGGAGUUCGUUGUCAAAACGUCGAAACUAGUCAACCUAUUCGCCUCGCCACUUUCAACGCAGCGUUGUUUUCUCUCGCGCCAGCUGUCCCGAAAGCCGAGAAAUCGGUUGUUUUAGUUCAAGAAAACAAUCCCCCUAAAAAAGGGAUACUAAAGCAAUCCCCACUCCAUAUUAAUCACACCACGGAAAACGAGACUAAGUCGAAGCCGAAAGUCUCGAUAAACCUCCCGGAGAACGAGAUCUCGUUAUCCCGCAAUAGGGUUUUGCGAGUCGUGCAAGAUUCUUGCAAUAUUAAUAAAACUCCGAGUUUCAAUAGUUCGGCUCCGAAUAAUCCGAUGAGGUCUCCAAUAUGCUUCCCUUCAAGCAUGGCUAAUUGGCUCAACUGCGCUAAUCUAUGUGGCGUUAGAACGAUUUUUGACGUUCUAAAAGAAGUCGACGCCGAUAUAUUGGCUUUGCAAGAUGUUAAGGCAGACGAAGAAAACGAGAUGAAACCCUUAUCGGAUUUAGCUCGAGCUUUAGGUAUGUAUUACGUGUUUGCCGAGAGCUGGGCUCCGGAGUACGGCAAUGCAGUUCUCUCCAAAUGGCCUAUCAAGAAAUCGAAAAUUCAGAAAAUAUACGACGAAAAAGAUUUCAGGAAUGUGAUUAAGGCUACUAUAGACGUGCCGUUAAACGGGGAGUUGAAUUUUUACAGCACGCAACUCGAUCACUUGGACGAAAAUUGGAGGAUUAAGCAAAUUAACGCUAUGAUCGAAUCGGACGGUGAGCAUCAUAUCUUGGCCGGUGGGCUCAACGCUCUUGAUUCGUCGGAUUAUUCGUUGGAGAGAUGGAAUCAUAUUGUGAAGUACUAUGAGGAAUUAGGAAAGCCCACUCCAAAAGUUGAAGUGACAAAUUUAUUAAAGGGAAGAGGAUAUAUUGAUGCUAAAGAUUUUCCAGGGGAAUGUGAGCCUGUAGUCAUGAUAGCCAAAGGCCAAAAUGUACAGGGGACAUGCAAAUACGGGACGCGGGUCGAUUAUAUUUUGGGGUCGUCGGAUUUGCCGUAUGCGUUUGUGCCCGGGUCGUAUUCGGUUAUUUCUUCUAAAGGGACUUCGGAUCAUCAUAUAGUAAAAGUUGAUGUUGUGAGGAUAGCAGAUUUUGGUAGUGAGAAUAGUAAAAAACAGAGGAAGUUGAGACAGAGAGUUUUAAGUAUGAUGAAUUCUUGUUCUUUGAGAAGUGUUUGUGAAAUGUAGUUCUUGAAAUUUGUGUGUG